GGCUGGAAGUACAGAGACGGAGGGAGAGACAGAUGAGUUAGUGGAGGGGUGAGGUGUCAGAGUCCGAUCAUAAGUCAUAAAAAGUGGCUGUGAUGUCAUCAGGUGAGCCUCCAGGUGUGCAGCAGGUUUCUCGGUGAUCUCGGCUGUUUGGCUUUAACCCAUCUGUCUUACCUGUCUCACCUUACCUGGAUGUCGACUCACUGAGCCGCUCUACAGGAACAACAUGGAGUCCAGAGCAGAGGAGCAAGAGGAAGAAACAGUCAGGUCAUUUCUAUCAGAUGGAAACACUGAAAGCAUCAAAACCACCAACAGUAUGACUGCUGAUACAACCAGUAUUACUACCGCUGCUGCAGCUGAUAGUAGUACUGCUGCCACUGCUGCUGCACCAUCUGAUGAUCAAACAGAGGAUGAGGGGAAAAGUGAAGGAGAUAGCGUUGCUGUGGCAACGGCAGACGCUGACUUACCAGACGAGAAGGAGGAGGUAGAGGAAGAAUGCAGGGAGGAAGUGUCUGUUGGAGAUGAGGAGGGUGAGGAAGAGCUGGGAGGUGAGAAAGAUGAGGAGGGUGAGGAAAACAAGAAAGCAAGUGACAUCCAGCAAGUGUCUGAUUAUCAGCCAGCACCUGUGGAGCCUGAACAGGAGUCAUUGACGCCGACCAGAGACAGACCAGCUCCUCCUAGCAGUCUGGCUUUGUCAGGGCCCCGACCAAUGAAGAAGAAAGUCCUGGUGGCUCCAGCGCUCAGUCUGUCAUUAGAUCGCAGCGAGUCGGCAGUCUCUGAUGACUUCCCUAUAGGCUUCCUUUCCCCCUCACCUGAUGAUGAAGACGACGCAACACUCGACUUUGACCUGGACGCCAUAGAGACGCCCUCUGACAGCGAGUCACUGCCCUUUCCUCUCUACGACCUGGACGUGGAAGAUGACCUGCGACGUCUAGGUGUGGCGUCCGGCCGCCGCCGCAAACCCCGCGGCUCCAGCCCCAGGUUCUUGUCUCAGACUGGUUCUGUAUCAGGCAUCGACCAGAGCAGCCUGGGAGCUCUGGAAAGGGAGGACAUGGUGGACAGCCAGGGCACCAGGUGGCGCUGUUUCUCCACGGGCGAGCCUCCACAGGAGAGCCGGGUCAACAUGAGCGUCCUGGAGCCAUUUCUCAGAGUGCUGUCACACGGAGGUUACUAUGGAGACGGCAUGAAUGACAUCAUUGUGUUUUCCUCCUGCUACCUGCCGGAGAACAGUCUGCAGAACUACCAGUAUGUGAUGGACAACCUGUUCAGGUUUGUUGUCGGCACUCUGGAGCUGAUGGUGGCGGAGAACUAUGUGAUUGUGUAUCUCUGUGCUGGAGGUCAGAAGGACAAACUUCCAGGAAUCAGUUGGCUCAAGGAGUGUUACACCACCAUCGACAGGAGGUUGAGGAAGAACCUGAAGGGCUUCUAUGUGGUUCACCCCACCUGGUACAUCAAAGCUCUUGCCACCAUCAUCAAACCCUUCAUCAGCUCUAAGUUCAGCAGGAAGCUCCAGUUUGUCAACAGCCUCCAGGAGCUUUCUGACUUCAUCCCCACUGAGCAUGUGCAGAUCCCAGACUAUGUCAGAGAGUAUGACCAGAACCUGUCCGGGUAAAACUCCUGCCAUCUGUUGUAUUUCUACAAACAGCUGCCUGCUCCAGUCCUCCUCCAGCAGGGGGCGCUGCAGCGUGUCACUAAAAGAUACUUUGUCAGUGUGGAAGGAGAAACCCUGGCUCUGUCAGCGGGCACCACUUUGCUCAGAUUUGACCCAAGAUGGCGAUGAAGAACAAAAAAAAAAAAAGUCAGACUUCAUGAGUUUAGUAAACAGUGUUAAUGGGGGCUAUAACAGAUGAUCCUGAUGUUUCAAACUAAAAGCACAGUAUCAGAUAAACAGAAAGAAAACAUGUGUUCCUGAAUUUAAACCAUUUCAUUAAUAGGGCAAACAUUUCAAAGUGUUGUACUGUUCUUGUAUAUUUUUAUUACAGUAUGACGCACAUUUCUACAGACACAGUUACAGCGAACACCACGAACUAAAAUAACAGCGCGUCUUAGAAUCCACAAGCAUUUAUUCACUUGUACAGCAAGUUAUAAUCUUAUUUAAGAUUUUGUUUAAUGUUAAUGAGUUAAAAAAGAAUAAUAAAAAAAAGAAUAAUCAUCUUUCUGAAGUCUGAGUUUUGCAGUGGAUUUUUAAAACAAACUUUCCAACAAAUCUUCGGAAAAUCUAAAAACGCCUCAUUUUGUUUUUGUAAGGAUGUUUGUAUGUAAACCCGUUUUUAAACAUAAAGUUUAGGUCAUACAGAGCAGAGGGAGAUGUUUUAAAGGUGUUUUUUUAUUUUAAUGGUUGUAGUUAAAUAUGAUCUAGAAUGCUUUGACUUGUCAAAGAGGUUUCAGUAAUGUUCAGUAAUUUUCAAUCCGAGGUUACUGCAACCUGGUGAAGGUUCUAACUCUCCUCGACGCACUUUCAGUUCCUGAACCAUCAACUCUGCCAGAAGUCGUCAAGACUUCUGGAAAUUGUUUUGCUGCUGAAUAAAAUCUUGCUGCUUCCGUA